CGCUAUACAUCAUUACCACUUGGAUACAAGUCAUUUCAAAAAUUUUAAAAACUUGUUGCAAAUAUCAGCGGUACUACCAACCCUUCUCAUUGUAUUAACCAAAAAUGGAAUGUAUCACCAAUGAUGAUGCAGGAUUGUCAAUUGCCAAAAAGGUUGCAUCCUUCAAAGCUGUAGAAGAUUUUAUUGAGAGCGGCAUGAGGGUAGGACUUGGUAGUGGAACAACUGUUGUCUAUGCUGCCCAGAAAUUAGGUGAGUUAAUAAAAUCGGGGAAACUGAUGGAUAUUAAAUGCGUUCCAUCAUCAUAUCAAGCUAAACAAUUAAUCCAAAAUGCAGGACUGAGACUUACAUCGUUAGAUGAAUCUAAUUUGCUGGAUAUAUAUAUUGAUGGUGCAGAUGAAGUAGAUUCAAAUUCAAAUUUAAUUAAAGGUGGAGGGGGGUGCUUGGUUCAAGAAAAAAUAGUAGCUUAUAAUUCUAAAAGGUUUAUAGUCAUAGCCGAUUAUAGAAAGGAUUCCAAAGUUUUAGGACAAAAUUGGAAUAGAGGUAUUCCAAUCGAAGUUAUACCAGUGGCCAUAACACCCGUGCAAAUUUUUUUAAACGGGUCUAUUGAAGGUGCAGGACCGGCUGUUUUAAGAAUGUCACAUGAAAUAAUGGGACCUGCUCGUACGGAAAAUGGAAAUUUUAUAAUCGAUUGGCAUUCUUCUCUCCUUAAUAAACAAGACAUUCAUUGGAACGAGCUAUACCAGAGAAUUAAACUUUUACCUGGCGUUGUAGAUAUUGGUCUCUUUCUAAAUAUGGCGGAUAUAGUUUAUUUCGGUUUUCCUGAUGGCAAGGUUGAUAUUCGAAAAGCAAUAUCUCACAAAUAUGAUAUUUGAUUUUAAAUAUUUAUUAUAAUUAAAAAAAUU